GACCGGGGGGCGUGGGUUGGACCGGCUUUCGCGGAGCCCCAGACACAAUGAGCCGUCACACGAGACGGGAACACGCGCUGGCUUCGUGGCGGUCGCUCCUCUAGCACCACCUUAUAUUCUUUUCCAGUUCGGUUUUGUGUUAGUUUCCCCACACUUUAGUUCUAACUCCCCGCAUGGCGGAGACGGGACUGGUUUCUCGUCGAGUUUGAGGAGCGAGGCGGAGCAGACCCGGCCCGACCCGGCCCGCACAUUCCCCCAGUCCAGUCCUUCCUCAGCAGAACCAGCAUGUCCAUCACCGCCUCCUCGGACUACUUCGCCGCCGAGUGCCUGGUGUCGAUCUCCAGCGGGCCGGUGCUGCACCGCCCCGGCCCCGGCCCGGCCCCCGCCCUCCUCCCGCUGCCCGAGGACCGCGAGGACCGGGAGGUGCGGGACACGCUGCGGCUGGAGGGCAGCAACAUGAUGACGGUGGCCGGCAUCCUCACCGACCUGCACGGCCGCUUCCGGCCCAUGUCGGCCCACUCGGAGAGCAGCAACUCGUCGUGCGGCGGCGAGAGCGGCUACACCACGCUGUCCGACCCAACCACGCCGACCCGCACCCCGUCCGCCACGCCGGUGCCGGGCCCCGGGGGGGCGGCCCCGCCAGGGGGGCCGGGCCCGCGGGCCCUCGUCAAGCGGCACCAGUGCACGUUCAAGGGCUGCGACCGGGUCUACGGGAAGUCCUCGCACCUGAAGGCGCACGUGCGGACACACACAGGCGAGAGACCCUUCCCGUGCAUCUGGCCCGACUGUGCAAAGAAGUUCGCCCGCUCUGAUGAGCUCGCCCGCCACAAACGGACCCACACCGGGGAAAAACGCUUCCUCUGCCCACUGUGCGACAAGCGCUUCAUGCGCAGCGACCACCUGAUCAAGCACGCCCGCCGCCAUCCUGACUUCCAGCCCUCCAUGUUGAAGCGCAACAAAGGCUCCCGCUCACCUUCCAACUAACGCGGUUAGAGGCGUUGGGGACGCAGAUUUGGUCUCGUAGCUACGGUAGACAGAAGUACAGAAAGUCACACCAUUUUCAAUUUGCCCAACUAAAAUGAAAUCCACUAUUAAGGUUUCCGCCUCGCAGUGUUGUACUCAAACGUGCACAAACACGGGUCAGCACGCAGAGCUGGAUGUUGUGUGUGUGUGUGUGUGUGUGCAUGGGGGUCGGGGGGAGGUGUCACCUCUGCAUUCACACAGAUGAGAAAUUUGACCACUUCUCAGUAUAGCUACUGUUCAGAUUAAAAAGCAGAAGUAUAAGUAAUAUGCCUUUUCAUUCCAGUUAUUUCCUGAACACAACACUUUGGACUUGCCGCAUUUCCAUUGGCGUCCCCCGUGGUGCAUGUGUCAAAGUGCACGUGUGGUGUUUACACAAUGCCAUGCUAGAGUAGGGCUGGGCAGUAUGUGACUUUGGAUUAGGAUCUGUAUUUGUUUCAGGAGAAAUCAGACGAUACGUAAAUGUCAGCAUCCAUCUCCCCGUAGCGACGCGCCAGUGUCAGUCACUGCAAGGCCCCGCCCCCAACCCGCCUCCUGUAGUUAGAACCAGGAAAGGCGACUCACGACUCCUCCUCACUUUUGCUAACUUGGAAGCUUUGUCUGCAUCUUUUUUUUUUCUCAAUAAAUCAACUAGUGUAGCGAAAUGUAGCAGCACGUUGGACAAAGCGUGGCUAAAUUCCUUUGUAAGUGUCCCUAAAACAACUUUAGCUUUCCUGCCUCACCUGCGUGUCUCCGGGCGACCAGCCGCCCGCCUCUGGGCUCGUGUAACCUAACGUCCUCAGUUAUUUUACGUCUAACCAGCUGAAAUCAAAAUGCAGAUGAUUUCAAAAGGGAUUUUCUCAGGCAGCGCUGCAUUUGUAAAAUCAGUGACUGCUGGUUAAUUUGUUGUCUUAACGGGUGCUUCAGUCGGUGUUUCUGACUCAUAACUGGUUGAUGGCAUGAACAGAGAAAAACAUGUAAAUUACAAAUGGCUUUCAUGGGAAUUCAGAUGUGAUAUAAUACCAUGUAUAAGAAAAGAUCAUAGGAAAUAGAUGCUUACCGCUGACGCUGAUUGACAGCAAGCUAAAUGCAUAUACUAUUAUAAACAAUAGUAAAUAUUUGUAGGAGAUGCAGAUAUAAACCCUGCACUGCCGCUCCGUUUGGAGUUUUAGAAGUGUAUCUCUCUUUUUGGCCAUAUUGCCCAGCCCUAUGCUUCAGCGAGCCUUUAAGUGUGUUAGGACGCUUCAACAAAGUUAGACAGUUAUGAUGGAGAAGGAAAAACGACAAAAAAACAAGAAUCACUGCAUGGAAAAGUAAUACAUGCAAGGAAAGAAAGUAAAUAUGAAGAUAGACUUGCCACAGAUUGGUGUAGGAAUGAAUUAAAAAAUACAGUGUAGUCAUUUUGAAUCAAGAAACCUUUUUCUUUUUUUAAUAAUUGAAUUAAAAACGCCUACCAGAUAUUUCAAGGAACAUCACAAUAAUCAAAGAUGUCAGUUCUAAAAAAAAAAAAUGCCAUAAAAUAGUCCUGAAAUAAGCCUAAUACCACAAUAUUAAAAACAAACACCGCUGAUGCAACAAAUAACAUCUAUAUUGUUGUUUUAUGUUUUGUUUUGUAAACCAAAAAUGAAUCACAAAAUACCUCAUUGUUUAUGACACGUUUAUGGCAGCACAGAUAAUUCAGCUGAUAAGAUGCACCCAACCCUCAAUAUAACCUCAUUGCCUCAGACUGAAACACUUUCACUACUUUCAGGAAUUUUCCACAUUUUUAGUAAAAAUGAAAAAACGAAAAAAAGAAGAAAAAAAAUGUGUACACCUAUCAUCAGCCAAAACCUUUGGUUUAUUGUGGUUUAUUAGUUGAUUGUUGUGCUCUUCAAUACCAUUUAUUUACCAAUAUUAAUGUUGUGAUAUUAGGUAGCCAGGCAGUGACUAGAAGUUUGUCUUUAUUUUCUUCUUCUUUUCCUUUUCCUUAUUCUAUGGUUCAGUGGUGACACAUUCCUUUUAUUAUUUUGUUUUUCCAUUAGUAACUGUCAUUGUUGAGGAAGUUGUGUUUUAUACUCAGUUCAACUAUAGAUCAAAUAUUCAUUUUGUCAGAAAGUGGAUCAAAUUUCACUGUAGAGGAGCAGUUUGCACACCAUUCUUAAGGUUAGAUUAGUUAUCAUCCUUGAAAUGCUGAUACAUAAUACGCAGCAGUAUUAUGUCUAAUGUUGAUGCAAAUGUAUAUAAGCUUUAAGCUUUUAAUGUAGAACAAUGGUAAUGCUACUAGCAGCAUAAGUAAUACAUGUGAUGAAGGGGUAACAUGCUUGGUAGAUUGGCAUUGCCUGUGAGUCUGUGUGUGAUUUUCUUUUUUAAUGAUUAGUGACAGAAAUGGGAAAAGUGUGUAUGGAUUGAAAUAACAUUUCUUUUUCCUUGUUUGUAUCGUUUGGAGGAGGGAUGGGGUUGACAUGACUAAUCAUGAAUUGAGCCCCUCGCUUCUAUUUUUUUAAGCCUGCUGCCUUCAAAGUAAAAGCUCUCCCAAUUUCUUGACUCCUCUUGGAUGUGGAGCCAGGUGGUAGAGUGUGUGGACCUUUGUGGAUCAGGUGUUCCUGGUGGCUUUUCCAACCGCAGGUGAACGUGUAAUGUGGCACCGGGGGAAAACAAACAGAAGCAGCCCUUUUUUAGGGUAAUUAAAAUCGGUUCAUGGAUGUUUGAAUCGCAGACUCAGCCCAAUUACUGUGGCUGCUCCAUGCGGAGGUGUGGCAUUUGGAUGUUAUCACGUCCAAAUGUGACAAGAAAAACCAUCAGGAACCAACGAGGAACCUUUUAGUCUUCCCAAAAAAAUUGUUGACUAGUCAUCGUGAAAUUUAGAAAUGGUGGCUCAACACUCAUGUUUAUCAAACCUGGUCAGGAUCCACCACGGUGACAGCUGGCGUUUAGGUCUGAUUAUAGACGAUCUCUCUUUUAAUGAUCCCCACACUGUUUGGACACAUUUCUUUAUCUCAGUGAACACUUCUUCAGGAACCUCUGAAAGCCUUAAACCAUGUCAUAACUACUUUGCACCGUGUUUACAGCUGGAUCAUAUUGUAGGUGUGUGUCCCUCCUCGUGGGUGCAUUACAGAAACUCAUGCAAUUUGGCACUUUUUCUGAAAGGUGUAUUUGGGUGAAGAGUGUAAUGGCUUGCACUGUUACUGUGUUUCUACAAGCAAGGACUGUGGAACAUGUUUUGUUAAUAACCAAUGGUUUGUAAAAACUACCUUCUCCUUUUGGUUUAGAAAGCAUGAUCUUUGAAAUGGGUAGUUUUUGCUCUUAUAUAUUAGUUUUGUUUCUUUAGUGUUUGCUUAGUUAUCCAGGACCCCCCUUUUUUUUCUUUCUUUUUUUUUCUUUUUUACUUUUUUUUUUCACAAUGGAUUGUUUCAUAGUUGUUCCCAGAUCUGUCUCUUUUAACCUAAGAUCACAGAGCAACUGCAGGUGUCUUCCUCUUUCAGCAGUUCAACGUUGGUUUCGUUUUCACGGGAACUGAACGCACUGAAGCGAACGCAACGCUUCAGUUUUGUACUCAUCUCUCCACCAGAUACAGAAGCUUUCUGGUCGCUGCUGGCAGUGACCCGGAACACACGGACUGUCUAACAAAGUAAACAAUAUACUUUUUCUCUUUUGUUUUCAAAUGGAAAUAUUUGCUUCCAUCUACUCACAGUUGGAAGAGACGGACAUUCAAAGCUAUAUCACAAGACAUACCUCAUGGGUUUUAUUUUCUUUGCAGUAUCUACAGAUUCCAUCCAACCUUCUCAGAAAGUUUUGGAAAUCCUCAAAGCUUGGGUUUCUGUUUUUGUUUUUUUUUUCCAGCUACAGGAUCUGUUAUUUACUCCUGUCCUUACUCGAUACGCAGCAUCAUUACUACCUGUGUGGCAGCGGUACCUUUACUGACUGCAGUGAACCUCUGUUGCUAAGAGACAGGUUUUGGCUACAGCUUCUUCUUCUUCUUCUAAAGAAGGGUUAAACCCAACUGCUGAAAAGGGGCAUUAAAAUGAACUGUCAUUUCAGUUUAGACGAUUGAAACGUUUUAUUCGGUUGCUUUUGUUCAUAUCGCAUGUGGCUUGUUGACGGCAGAGCGGGAUCCAGUUUGGGUUUUGUUUUGCUGCUCUGCUCCACCAAGGAAGACAAACAAUUCUCUUGACCACACUAAUUCAGAUAUGCACAUUGUACAGAUUCUUUCUCUCUUUUUCUUUUUUUUUUUAAUUGAGCGCAAACUUUUCUAUAGCGUAAUUUUUAAGAUCCUCUUAUGGAAGCUUUUGUUGAGUUAAAUAGGAGGAGCUAUGGAUCAAAAUAAUUGCUGCAUCAAGCUGUUUUGAUAUUUAUAUUCUCAGGUGUUUUACAUUUUGAGGAUUGGAGUUCCAAUAUUUCCUGGGCAACACCGACUUGUAAACCUAUUUCUUUUGUUUUGCUGAUUAAUUUAUUACAUAUCAGAAAUGUAUCAUUUGUGUGGUUAAGUUGUUCUUUUCAUAACUCCUCUUAUGAUACGGGACAGUACUAAUAUUGGUUCCAGUGUUUGCUUUACCAUUCUUUUUUAAUUUGAAAUAAAAAUUCUGAAGUUUA